AUGCAUUCCGUCAAGGUCCUCUCAGCCAUUGCGGCCCUCGGUGUCUCUGCCGUUUCUGCUGCCACUUGCACCAAAGACAUCAAGAUCACCGAACCUACACAAGUCAUCAGCUGCGAUGUUGUUGAUGCCGAUGUCAUCAUUGACAAGUCUGUUUCUGGCGCCGUUGUCAUCAACGGCCCCAAGCAGAUCAAAGGCAACUUCCAGGCCAAGAACGCUGGAGACCUUAUCUCUCUCUCCAGUACCUCUAUUAAUUCUAUCACUGGAACAUUCGAGCUCAACAACCUCGAGGCUCUCAACAACCUCGACUUCUCCUCACUUGAGAGCCUGGGAGAGCUUAGCUUCAUCAAGCUUCCCCGGCUCGGCGAGCUGAACUUCGGUACCGAAGGCGUUACUAAGAUCAAGAGCAUUCGAAUUACCGACACUUUCAUCAGUGAUCUUAGCGGUCUCAGCGUCGCCAGUGUCGAGAGUUUCCAGAUCGACAACAACCGAAAGAUGAACGCUUUCAACUCCGACCUUGUUAACGUUACUACCCAGCUCCUGAUCUUCGACAAUGGCAACGACGUUAUGGAAAUUACGAUGAACAAGCUCGAGACUGCUGCCGAGAUCCAGAUUUCUAGCGCCAAGUCCUUCAAGGUUCCUGCUCUUCAGGAGGUGACCAAGAGCUUGAAAUUGAACGCCAACCCCGAGCUUCAGACUUUCUCCGCCCCCAACCUGACCACAAUCACAGAGACUCUGUCCCUUAUCGACAUGAAAAAGCUCACCAACGUUUCCUUCCCCGUUCUUGAGGAGAUUGGCGGCGGUUUCACCAUCCAGAACAAUACCAAGCUUGAUGCUAUUGAUGGUUUCCCCAAGCUCGAGAAGGUAACUGGUGGUGUUGCCCUCCGAGGCAGCUUCGAGAAGGUGGAACUUCCCAAGCUUGAUCAAGUUAGUGGCAGCGUCGUUGUUUCCUCGACCACCGAUAUCAAGGAGUUCUGUGAUUACUUUGACAACCUGAAGAAGGACAACAAGAUCGAUGGUGAGGAGAAGUGUACAUCCAACAACAAGGAGGCCAACGAGGGUAAGGACGGUGGUGAGGAGAGCGACGGCUCAUCCGAUAGCAGCAACAGUGACGACAAGGAGGAUGCUGCCGGCAUUGUCAGCGUCAACAUGGCUGUUCUUGCUCUUGCAGGUGUUGCUGCCGUUGCCCAGCUGUUUUAA